CACAGUGUGGUGGGAAGGGAAGCACUUCUUGGGAGAAGCUGGGCAAGUUGCUCGCUCUUGCAGCUCUCCAACUCUCCCCCAUGCCCCCUCCAGGUGCAGGCCUUCGUGAAGAACAUGCAUCAGAGACUGACAGCCAAGGUGUUCCCAGAGAAUAGACUGUUCAUGGACUUUCUGAGGCUGACUGAUACAUACCCCACUGAUGUUGCCUUGACCCUCCUGCGCUGUUCCCCAUCAUGUGACAGAGCUGCUGCAGUCAUGUGGAGGACCAUAGCCUUGUCUGGAACAACAGUGGUGAGAGUGCUGCCAACACUGCUCUACGUGAUGGAGGACUGGCCACUGCACGGCACAUACACCUCUGAGGGGGAAAAGGACAUCUUUGCCCUGGCUGCAACCAUAGUGGUUUGGGAAAUUCUCCAGAUGAUCCGCUACCCAGAGCUAUUGAUGGAAUAUUCGCCCCGUCUCCUCGUGGAUCUGCUCUUCCAAGUUCUCAUCAGCACAGAGCAGAUGCCAGAGGAGGUUGCCACCUUCUGGGGGAGAUGCUGGGAGGAACACCGGCUCCCAGCAUGACCUGGGCUUCUCUCUCCACACAGAUUCGCAGUGCUGACCGUGAAGACCCUGCUUUGCCAUCUGCAGUUUGAAAAUAUUGUGAUGGCAAUGGAACGGAAGCGUGGCUGGGACACGCUCCUCAGGCCUGACACCCGCCACUACACAGUGGGUCUGCUGGCCAGGGAGAUGCGCCGUGCCUCGAGCCCCUUGUGUUCCCCAGUUGCCCUCUGCCUGCUGGGGUUGCUGAGCAGGGAGAAGCCCCGCUGGGAGGUUCCCGCCAUGGCCUUCCUUGUGGAGGUCCUCGACUGCCUGGACAUGACUGAAUGUGGGGAUGGAAUCCUGCAGAUCCUUUCAAGAGACCUGGCGAACGAAUGCAAAGAGAGACGUCGCCUGGCGAUCAAAGGCUUUGUAAUGCUGAGCAAGGAUCCCAUGAUGGCCAAGAGAAUGUGCAGCCUCUCGGAAAGUCUUGUGCAGCUCCUGUGGGAUGCAGAUGUCGAGCUGGUUGAGCUGGCCUUGCCAAUAUUCCUGAAUAUGCUGCAGAACAAAGACAUCCUAACCUCCAGCCCCACCGCCCUGAAGCUGGCUGAGGCUCUGUGGCCACUCUUUGACAGUGACAACAGCCAUGUGCAGAUCCUCUCCAUUCACCUGUUCCAAGAGGUGAUGAAGUCGGUAGUGGAUGAGGGAAAGAAGCCUUUGAAGAUACAUGUGGUCCAGAACCUGUUCCCAUUCUUCCUCUACUGGCAUGAUGAGAAC